GGGCGAGCAAACGACAGGCGACGGCGGCGGAGCAGAAGGCCCCGGAUGAUAACAGCAACAUUGGCACAUUCGUUGCGCUCGUUUCGCGCGGUGACGUGACACAAGCGUGUCGCGUGACGUCCGGCCAAUGGGCGGAGGAAGCGGCGAAUUUCGAACUGGGAAGAUUCCGGAAGCGAGGAGGCAGCUAACGGUCCGCGCGCCGGAGCCCGUUGAGCUCAGGUUCGGAAAGCAACCAGAGCGCGCGCCGGCAGGAGAGCACGACGCGGCGGCCGCUGCUGCACGGGUGCGGGCCGGGGGCCGGGGCGCCGCUGCGCGGGCCUCAAGGCUGGGGCGCCCGGGAUGCGGGGCCAGCGCCGAAGAUGGGUGGAGAAAAAUGCUUGAAAAGGCCAUUUAAGGACAGUCUGGAGGAUAUAAAAGAACGAAUGAAAGAGAAAAGAAAUCAAAAAUGGGCCAAGUUGGGUAAAACAAACCAGGUCUUGACUACAAAAUGCAAAAUAGCAACAAAUAGUUCUACACAACUGAAAAGCUUUCAAGCAAACAAUCGAGCACUAGCUCUGGCUUUACAAGAGGAAAAGGCCAAAAUGAAAGAAGCCCAAGAUAUUAUUCUGCAUUUAAAGAGAGAGUAUCAGUCUCUGAAGUUUCAGAUAUUUGUUUUACAAAGAAAACUUAACUUACAUCAACCAAAAGAACCUGUUGAGACCAGAUUGUCAGUCUUGAGCAAGAUUAUCUCUAAAGUGGCUCAAAACCUACUUACUACAGCUGAUCUUCUUGGUCCAGCUCAGGAUUUGUGUUCCACUGAUCUUAACAAGACAAUGUGUUCCUCAGUUCUUGAAGAUGAUGGCUCCACUAUUUUAAGACAAGCUAGUUCUCUGGGACUUCCUUCACCUGUUCUUGUUGCAGAUUCUAGCAUAGAAGGCAAAAUGCUUGGGAGUGAAAUAGAGAAUAAUGCUGACACAAAUAAUGCAUCUUCUAUGUCAGAUUCCUGGCAAACUUUUGAAAACACCACUUCCGUUAAGAAAAUGGCAACAAACACAGGACAAAUAUCUCAUUUUCAUCUGGACCACCCAGAGGCCAACCUGAAAAAUGUUCUAUUAGAUGAAGAAGAUAGGCAAGUUGGUAAUCUCUUACCAAAAACUGUAUCUACCAGGCGUCGCUGUGCAAACAUGAGCAUUCAUGUGAAUAAUCUUGACCAUUCAGAAGGGGCUUAUUUGACCAGAGAAUUUUGUAAACAGAAUGAAACUAAACUUGAUGGAAAUCUAGAAAGAGACAAUAUAGAGCCAAGUCAUUCUCAGCUGAAUGAAAACAAGAUAAACACGGAACCAAUGUUGGAUCAAGCCGAUAUGUCGACUGAAUUGAACUGCUCAGUUGCAAAACCUAAACAUAAACAAAUACAGUUUAAAAGCAGAGAAGACUCUCAAACAAGAAGAGAGAAAGUGAAAAAAGGAAAAUUAGAAGGAAGUAAAAAGACUUCCGGAACAAGAUCAAAAAGAGAGAGAAACCAGGCUGAACAAUCUUCCACAGCAAAAGUGAAUUUAUCAAUUGGCUCCAAUAAAGCUUAUGAUUUUCAGUUUGAGGAAAAUGUCCAUAUCACACCUUUCCGACAAAACAAGAUGAAUGAUUGUGACCAUGACAUGGAUGAAAAAAAGGAUACAUCUGAAUAUGAAACACAGAGCAGUGAAGACAGUGUUUCAGAAGAGAAUUCUGAUGAUAGCCUGUAUGUGCCUUAUAGGAGUAAAUCAAAACAUAGGAAGAGUUCACAGUGUAAAAAUGAUGGAAGUCCCGUCCAUACAAGGCCACGAUCUAAAAGAUCUGUGGUGUGUCAGCAACAGAAAACUAGUAAUGAAAAGGAGAGUAAGAAUACUACGUCAAAUGAAAAAUCUAUCAAUGCUGUUGAAAAUACUCCAGUGGAUAGUACCAUGAUCAGGAAAACCAACAUUCAGUCAAGCACUGUGAUGAAAGUAGAUGAUGUAAAAUCACAUUCUUUACUGUGUGCUAUGGAUAAAGUACAAAAAGUAGAUAAGAAUUCUUCCUCUGGAAAUACACACAGCAAUUUUGCUAAAGCAGAGAAACCGAAGGCUUCUCAGACAUCUCGUCUUCACCUGUAUGAUGUCACCAACAUUUCAUCUUCUGGUACAAAAAGUAGAACCUCACAUCCAUUUUUUAAUAUUAAUGAAAAACCAGGAACUUCCAACCAGAGACGCAGGUGUACUAUUAAUGUGAAUUAUAAAGAACCAAAUAUCAGUGGGAAGCUCAGAAGAGGAGAUCCAUUUACAGAUGUAUGUUUUCUGAAUUCUCCAAUUUUCAAGCAGAAAAAAGACCUUAAACACAGUUCUGUUAAAAAGAAAUCUCUGUCCAGAUACAAUGAGAUAUUUGUUGGAUAUCGUUAAGAAGCUCUUUUGCACCCUCUUGUGGUGUUAUGAAGCAAAGAACAUUUGGCUAACAAAUUUGCUAUGUAAUUUGAUUUUUACGGCACAGUGGUAAUGUCUCUUAGACACUGUCCUGUGUACCAGGAAAAUCUCACUGUAUGUUUGCUUAGGUAGUGAUAUUAUAGGCUACUUUAAAUUUUGAUUGCAUGGGAAUUUCUGUAGGGCUCAGAUAAUACAUCUAUGUCACUAAGAUCAUGAAGAUAACAGUGUAAAGAGUAACUGCUAUAGUGCUUGUUAAUUUUAAAAGCAGUCUUGCUACCCAGCAAUAGUUUCUAUUUAAACUCUUCGGGGAAGAAUACAUUCCUGAACUUCACUGUGAAGUCCAUUAUGUGAAGGGCUGUUGAGAAUCUCUGAUGUAAAAAGGCAAGCACCAUGUGAAUUAUUUGAUUGAUUACUAGGUUUGUCAGUCCCUGCUUACUGUAACCCCUCAGUUGAUAUAGACAAAUUUAUAGUAAAGCAUGGAAUCAGAUCACAAUUGUAAGUCAGCAAGUUUGUACAGAUGUCUUCUUACUCAUCCAAAGCUGUAAUCUACUACUGUUGAAAUUUAUAAUAAAACUUUUAGAUUUUAUAAA